AUGGAGAAGAAAUGCAAUGUGUUCUUUUGGUGGCUGGUGUUCUUGAGUUUAUGCCAUUACAUAAAAGAAAUAAUUGGCAUAGUUGAUGCAAGAACAAUACCAGUAGACCACAAGGACUCACUCCGCGACCCGCAUGACCUGCAGCCCACCCUGCACCCACAAACACAUCACGUCAGCCCUCUUUUGACUCGCCCCACAUUCAAUCCGACUCGCCCAUUCACCAAGUCCAACCAAGACUCGGGCCUUGAAAGCAAAGACACACAAGGAGCCUUUACUAGAGCUAGCUUUGGAAUGCAUAGUGCAUACGGAUAUGGUAGUGAUCCUGAUCCUAACUAUGGUGGUGGAAAUGGAUACGGUAGAGGAGGUGGUGGUGGAGGCUAUGGAGGAGGUUCAGGUGGUGGAUAUGGAGGAGGUGGCUAUGGUGGAGGUUGUGGUGGUUAUUGUGGAGGGGGUGGUUUUGGUGGAGGUGGAGGAAUUGGUGGUCCCGGUAUGGGCAAUGGUGGUCGUGGAUACAGAGGUGGAGGUGGAGGCGGAGGCGGAGGCGGAGGUGGAGGCAAUGGUGGAACCUACGGACCCGGCCGCAGAUACGAUCCCAAUUCUAGAAGGGAUGCAACACACUCCAAGAUUGAUAUUCAGUCCUAA